CUCGGCUCUCACGCUCCUUUACACUUUCUUCCGAUACUCAUCUUGGCUCGCCAUCGUUUUCCUCUUCCCCUCCCUACCAUUUCAUCCCUUUCCUCUAGCAGACAUGACAGGCCUAGGCACAGGCUUAGUCAUCUCGCUCUCCGCCUUCCUCCUCGGCGUCCUCAGCAUGCACUGGACAGCCGACCACCUCCUCCUCUGGCAAUCUCCCAUCACCCACCAAUCCCUCGUCUCUGCCCAUGCCUACUACUCGCACACCUACGGAGUUAACAGCGGCAGCUUCCUCCCGUCUAGUGUGGGUGGAGGUGAUGGCAGCGCUGAGGUGAAGGAGCAGGGGUUGGUGCUGCAUUCGGCUUGGGCGCUGGGAUGUUUGCUUGUACUUAGCAAGAUCUUCUUUGGCAGAAGACAGAGCAAUUGGCUCUUUGAUGGCGCAAGUCUGUUCCUGUACGGCUCAUGCGGACUGCUCUACUACUCCAAGAUCUUGUCCAAUCUCUCUCACCUUCCUCCCCUCUCCCCCGCCCCGCAAGCAAACCCACAAGACCCACGGGACAGUACUCUCCUCCCCUUGCGGGAGCUCGCAACCUCCAAUGCAGUCCUCGCCGCCGCCCUCAUCGGGGUGGUGGUGCUGCAGUCAGGACAGUACUACUCUGAGCGGCUCGAAGAGAGGGAGAGGAUCGAGGAGGAGGAAGCAAGGUUGGCUAGGAGAAGGAGGAGAUUGGCUGCGCAGGGUGAUAAGGUCAAGGGAGCUGGGGAGGGGCUGGGGAGUGCGGUUGCGAGUGGGGUUAGUGUUUAAGUUGGGGUCUGAUUGGUGAGAAAGAAAGGAGAAGAGGUCCAGAUGACUCAUACUUGGCGCAGAGAGGCAAAAAGGCUGUUACAAGCAAUGGGGAACAGGCGACUUGACUGGACUCAUCACUCGGGGCGUAGCGCAUCGUAAUGCAAUGCAAACAAUUGAUCAAUGU